AUGUCAAUAGAUUCAUUCGACGAGAAUCUUCUUACUAAAGCUUUACAACUUAUACAAGUCACUUUUUUCUAUGUAAUCUCUUCAGAAGACAUUAGUAAAGAAACUUUGCCAACAAAUAUUCGUGGUGUCUUCAACAACGAGGAACAUCUUCUUUCCAAAAUUGCGAAAGAUAUCGAGCAGUAUAGUCCAAAUAUAUGUAAAUUCAAUAUAUUAUCAUCAGGUCGUCCGAUGAAAACAGACAGAUCAACAAAAGAUCUUUCUCGAGAAUCGGCUAAAUUUAUAUGGUUUCAAUAUUUAAUAGAAAUCCUUUUAUCUGUACCUGAUCAUGAGACAGCUAAGAAGGAUAUGAUUGAUUUUUGUUGCUCGAGAUAUGCCGAUAAUCAAACUGUACUUAAAACAAUCCAAGAGUUUAAAAAUAAUUAUCGUUCCGAAGAAGCUAUCAAAUGGUAUGCGCGUGGUUCCUUUCUUUAUCAUCUGGUAAACAAAGUACUACGUGAAGAAAAUAUCGACGACAUGUACAGUAUGCGUUUAAUCUUUUCGGAUCUUAACACACAACUUACUGAAUUACAUGCGGAUUACCUUGAAUUAUUACUUGAGUGGGAGUUCUCAUCUGAGAUUGAACUCUAUAGAGGCCAGCUGAUGUCACCACGAGAGCUCGAUCGACUCAAACGGAAUUGUGAUGGUUUUAUAUCGAUGAAUACUUACCUUUCAACAUCGCGUUCGAGGAACAUCGCACUUUUUUUCUGUGGUCUCGGUCUACAACGACAACAGGAAGAACAGCUUGAAUCUGUACUCUUCACGAUAUCAAUUGAAACGACCGUAUGUAACACGCCAUUUGCCGACAUUAAGCGCUUUAGUUCGAUACCUAAUGAAGAAGAAAUAUUAAUUACAGUUGGCGCUAUUUUUCAAAUACAGUCGGUAGAAAAGGAAGAUAAUGUCUGGAUUAUUAAGUUAGCCCUAUAUAACCAAGACAAUGAAGAUAUGAAACAACUCAAAGAUUCUUUUUAUGGCAUCGACGAGAAGGAACCUCAUGAUCUACACACUUUCGCUCAAUGUUUACUCAGUAUGGGUGAUCACGAACGAGCCAAAUCACUCUACUGUCGGCUGAUAUCUAGUACAUCGCCUGCAGACAACCGAAUGCCAGAAUUGUGGCGUAAUUUGGCUCUGUGCCUUCUUCGUCAAGGUCAUAAAAAUUUGGGAGAAAUACUCACAUACUUCUAUACAGGACUCAAUCUUAUUCCCAAUGAAUCUUAUGCAGCACGUGUGGAUAUUCUCUUGGACAUAGCCGAUUGCCUGUUGUUAAAUGAAAAACUUGAUCAGGUCAAUGAAGUUUGCAAAGAAAUUUACCGUUUGCUCAUACUAAAUCAACAAGAGACGGGCCAUUUAUAUCAAAUAGCACGUCUGUUCACUUUAGUUGCAGCUUUUCAUCAUACAACGGGAGAGUAUUCCGUUGCACUUGAAUUUUUACAGGCUGUGUAUCUUCUCUAUUUUCCAACUUUGAAAGAAGAACGUCUUAGUGUAGAUUAUAUAUUAAAGAAUCUAGCCGAAACAAUCAUGGUAGAUGAUACAGUUGAUACGCUUGAUUCUAUUCAACGAUCUCUUCAACUCCAUAUUAAUUCAUUCCCACUCGAGCAUCCCAAAAUAGCCGAUUGUUACGACAUCCUUGGUUGGUUCUAUGGACAUCAUGGCGACAUCCUACGCGCUCAAAUGUCCUUUGAAACUGCUAUUGAACUACGAAUCAGUGCUGCAUCUUAUAAUCCGAUUCAUCUUGCUAUGUCAUAUAUUGCACUUGGAAAAACAUUUCAUCAGGAAAAAGCCAUGAAUUGUUAUGAUAAAGCUUUUUGUCUUCUCAAGGAAAACUUACCAGUCGACCAUUCUCAAUUUAUUGAUCUUUACGUAGGUAUGGCAAAUGAAUAUGAAUAUAUGGGAAAGAUGGAACAAACACGGCAUUAUUUGAAUGAAGCGUUAAAAAUUGAACACAGUCUGAAGAGAUUGACGUCGAAUAUUGCCUUAGCUGAGAUUUAUAAAUGCUUCGGAACAAGUUAUUUGAAAGAAGAAGAGUACGAUGUUGCUGCCGACUACUUCAAUAAAUCAAUUGAAAUACUCAUACAAUGCUCUUCUGAUCGAAGUACGAAACGAGACCUUGCACAUCACUUAUUUUACCUCGGUUGUGCUUAUCAAGGCCGUAAAGAAUUCGAACUUGCGCUAUCUUGCUAUAAACGAUCUUUAGAUAUCGAUUGCAGACAAUCCAUCGUUAAUAGGUCUCAAGUAGGAGCAACUUGUAAUAAUAUUGCUCUCAUACUUGAAAUUCAACAAAAGUACGAUGGAGCGUACGAAUAUUUCUUACAAAGUGUGCAAGUCUUGCGUGAAUAUUUUUCAGACCAAUGUGAAGGUUUGUUCGAGCGUUAUACGGGCCUUGCACGUGUCUGCAAAUAUUUAAAACGAGAUGCUGAAUUUUUAGAAUAUAAUGAAAAAGCGCUGAUAAUUGUCAGAAACGCCUUUCCAGAAGGAUCAUCUUAUGCUGGCGAUAUUCACAAUUCAAUUGCGCGUUUUUGGGAGAGUAAAGGAGAAUACAUGUACGCUUUCAAAUCUUACAAGUCAGCGUUAGAAUCAAAUAGACAAUGCUUUGGUGAUUAUGAUAUCACUGUAUCAAACACUUACAAUAAUCUGGCACGUAUUUCUGCAGAGCUGUGCGAGUCCAACAAAGCACUGGAAUACUAUCAUAAAGCGCUUGCAAGUUGUGAUGCAUCCAAAGAGAUUAAGAGACAUUUGUUUGGAAACAUUGGAAUUGAGUAUUAUAUAUUAGAACGUUAUGGCCAUGCUGAAAUUUACCUUAAACGUACACUACUCAUGUUCAAAAAUGCUUCGAUCGACAAAAAAUCUGAUUAUAAAUCGUUACUUGAUUACUUAGCACGAGUGAAAGCAAAGCAGGGUAAGAUUGAAGAAGCUGAAAAGCUUUGUCAAACAGUUUUGUGCGCACACUCAGAAGAUACAAUACUUAAUGCCCUAUCGUACAUAACUUUCGGUAUUAUACGAAGUGAAAGCGGUGGCUUUGGCGAUAGUCUUUCCUACUUUCACAAAGCAGCAAAUAUACUCAAGACCUUAGAUGCGGAUCACCGAGGCUUGAUACAACUCUACGCCUUUCGAAUAGGAUCAACAUAUUAUAAUUGUAAGCAUUAUGGCAAAGCUCUCGUCUAUUAUGAAAUGGCAUUAAAUUUGGCAAUACGAUUAGCACCAGGCAAUCCAAAACAGUUCCAACGUAUACAAUACGGAAUCGAGCGAAUUAUAGAUCAUAUUAUGAAUGAUUCAAAUCAUUGCUGUCCAAAACGCUUACAAUUUCUUUCGAGUUGUAUCCUGUUUUGA